UUUCCAGAUCUCAGAUUCCCCCUUUUCCCUUUACAAAGUUGAAUCUUCUCCCCCAUUUUCCUACCUACUCCACCUUGGUGAUUUCUUUUAUCCCUCGUAAAAAUUAAAAAAGCUUCUUUUCUCGCAAUCAUUAUGCAACGGAAAUAAACUUUUCUUGUCUAAAUUAUUGGACUAGUAUGAUAUAAUCAAGCACAAGAAUUCGCUCUAGCGAUUCUUGCACAGGUGGCGUUCGAGAAAUUUACUGUGCGUGUCAGUCACAUUUCUGCUUCUUUCUUCAGGCCAAAUGCCAAUUUUUAUCUCCUGAGAAUAUGAAGAUUUCCUGGGUUUCUUUAAUUUUCUUGUUCCCUGCAAUCGUUGUUUCUCUGCUUGGUCAGGUUUCAACGGCACAACUGAUCACAAGCGAGAGAAUAAUUCUUCUCCAGGUCAAGAGGUUGCUUGAAUAUCCUCAGGUUCUUCAAGGAUGGAGAAGAUGGACCAACUUCUGCUAUCUCCCUCCGUCACCUUCUGUCAAGAUUGUCUGCUCCAACGGCCAUGUGACAGAACUAGCCAUUGUUGGGAACAAGGUCUCAUCAUCUUCUUCGUCUCAAACUCUUUCAGAAAGAUUCUCCAUUGACUCUUUCUUUACUGUCUUGACGAAGCUAUCAAGUUUGAAGGUACUGUCACUUGUGUCUCUGGGUUUGUGGGGUCCUUUACCCGCCAAGAUAGAUAGGUUCUGGUCGCUGGGAGUUCUGAACAUUACCUCAAAUUCCAUCUAUGGUGAAAUCCCAUUCUCAAUCAGUUCUAUAAAAAGCCUUAGGGGUCUGAAUUUGGCUGAUAAUUUUUUCAAUGGCAGUGUCCCGGAUCUGAAACCACUAGCUUUCCUUGAAGAACUUAAUCUGGGUGGAAACAAACUGGGUUCUGAAUUCCCUUCAACGGGGAACAAUCUUGCCAAAAUUAUUCUGAAAAACAACUCAUUUAAGUUUCAGAUUCCUUCCAGAAUCAUGUAUUUUCACAAGCUUCAAGAAUUUGACAUCUCUUCCAAUGAAUUUUCUGGACCAAUCCCACCUUCUCUCUUCUCUCUGCCUUCCAUUGUGCACAUAAACUUAGCUCAAAACCAACUCACCGGUGGAUCCUCUAUGAACAUAAACUGUAGUUCUAAGCUAACAUUUGUGAAUCUCUCAGACAACCUUUUAAUGGGAAAAUUCCCACCUUGUUUUGGAUCAUCAAAGUCCUCAAAUCGCACUGUGUUGUAUUCUGGGAAUUGCUUUUCAGCUAGAAGCUCAACGGGCAAGCAUCAACAUCCAUCCUCAUAUUGUACUAAAGAGAAGGCCUUAGCUGUGAAGCCUCUGGAGAGAAGUCAGAAGAAGGAGACAGGUCUGAGAAUUCUUUUGACGAUUGGCGUUAUUGGAGGUUCAGUUGGAUUCGCUGUGCUUCUGUUACUGUUCAUUGUGUUCGUAUGGAAGAAAUGCAGAGGAGACAGAACACAUGAUAAGGAUCUUGACAGAUCUAAUGUUCAUAAGCUCCCAAGACCAAAUGUUCAUGCAAGACGUGUUCCUCAGACAAUGAGGCUAUCUGCACUUGGACUCCCGCCAUAUAGAAUUUUCACAUCAGAAGAAAUUGAAGAUGCAACAAACAACUUUGAUCCCUCAAAUCUAGUAUCAGAAGGACCUAAAGGAAAGAUAUAUAAAGGUUGGCUCAGAGAUGGUUCAGAGGUCCUUUUCAACUCUGUGGAAGUAACACAGAAAAACUUGACCCAAAGUCUGAUGAAACAGAUGGAGGUUUUACCCAGUUUGAGGCACAGGCAUUUAGUAAGUGUGCUAGGACACUGUGUCAUUACUCCUCAAGACCAUUCCCAACUAAGAAGCACAGUCUUCAUUGUCCUUGAGCACUUCUCAAAUGGGUCACUCAGGGAUCAUCUUUCAGAUUUGAGAAAGAAGCAAGUGCUGAAAUGGCCACAGAGGAUGGCAAUAAGCAUAGGAAUUGCAAGAGGGACCCAGUUCUUGCACACAGGGGUUGUUCCUGGCAUAUUUGGAAACGAUUUACAUAUUGAAAAAGUUUUGCUUGAUGAUAAUCUCAACCCAAAAGUCAGUGGAUAUAACAUUCCAUUGCCAUACGAGAAUGGUUUUGAGAGGACACUUCUUGAACAAAGUGGCUCCAAUCAUGUCGCAAGAAUCGAUACAGCAGAAAAGGAAGAUAUCUAUCAGUUGGGUGUUAUUCUUCUUGAAGUCAUUACUGGCAAACGCCUUUCCUCUGCCAGUGAAAUAGAGGAUCUAAAGGAUGAGCUGGAGAGAGGUUUAUCAGAAGCAGGAUCAACACUAAGAAGCACAAUAGAUCCAUCCAUUCAAGGAACUUAUGCAUAUGAAUCACUGAGGACUGCAAUUCAAAUCACAAUCAACUGUCUGUGCAAGGUACCCAGUGAGCGACCUUCAAUAGAGGACCUUCUUUGGAACUUGCAGUAUUCACUGCAAGUUCAAGAGUCAUGGACCAGCAGUGGAAACCUUGGUAUAAAAUUUUAGAUUUCCUUACAGUAAAAUAAGUUGUUUGAUGGAUGUUCAUAAGUUUAUGGAAUAUGAAGAAUAAAUGGUAUUGAAGCAUGUGAAUCUCUUGUGCCUAGCUAA